AUGCCUCUCAGCUAUAUCAAAUCCGAUUCCGCGCCCGUUCCCAUCGUUACUCGGCCAUUUCACGUCGAAUUCAACAACGACCUUCAACGCUACGCCAACGAAGGACGAACUGCUUUUGUAAGAUUUUUGGCGUAGCAAAAAUUUUUGCAAUUUGGUGACAUUUUAUACGAAAAAUUUUGAAUUUCUUCAGAGAUAUUUUUUUAGAUUUGCGCCGAGACUGGAGCGAAAACGUCGUAUACAGAGUUCCUUCAUGCGGCUGACUGUGUGAACGCCUACCUAAAGUCGAUUAAAUUUGGCUACAAAGACGUCGCCGCGAUAAUUACGCCAAAUUGUUGGGAGUUUCCCGCGAUUUUCCUCGGUGUCACCUCAAGAGGAGGGGUUUUUAGUGGAGCGAGCCCACUUUUUACCGAGAGUAAGUUGUCAAAAUGCUAUUCAAACAUCGGAUAAAUUUUCAAAGUCCCGUUUUAUAUCUUAAAUUUCGUAUUUUAGCCGAACUUUCCCAACAAUUCCAAGACAAUGGCUGUAAAGUCGUCUUUUGUGCCAAAGAUUCCCUGCAAACGGUGCUGAGAACUCGGAAAUUGUGUCCAAAGUUAAAGGUAAAAUACGUUACGGAUAUUUCUGAUACUAUUAUUAUUUCGUAAUUUUGAAAAAAAAAAUCAAUUUUUGACCUUAUUUUAGCACAUUGUUGUGAUUGAUAACGCACUCAGCAAUCCAGCUGAAAAUAUCACCUCUUUCCCCGAGAUUUUACGCCUCAGUCCCGCUGAUCGAGAAGUUAUUAGCAGCUUGAAUGCAGCAAAGGACUUGAUUAUGCUACCGUAUUCCAGUGGGACCACCGGAAAACCAAAAGGAGUGAUGUUGACUCAUCAGAAUUGGGGGACCGUUAUGCGAAUAAAUAAUAAGUAAGUGUAGUUAAAGUUUUUAGAAGUCAUUAGGACCAAUCAAAAAAUGAAUUCCGGCGAUUUUGACGACUUCCAACAGAAUGCCAAAAUUUUAAAAAAAUGGCGGGAAUUUAAAAAUUUGAAUGGUUUAUGCAAAAUUGAAAGCUUUUUAUAAAAUCGACCUCAGGAUGGUGAAAAACCCUUCAGAUCAAUUUAAAUCGCCUUUGAUUCAUUUAAAAAUUUUAAAACUUGAAUUUCCCGCCAUUUCAGGAAAUCUUGGCAUUAUGUUUCAAGGCCAAAUUUAGCAUCGGAACGACGAAAUUACCUACUAGUUCGUCGAUUUUUAAUGCAAAAAAAAAAAUAAACCAGAAAAUUUUCACCUUGAAAAAAUUAAAAUUAAAAAUUUCUUAUCAUCAGGCCUAGUAUAAUAUGGAUAAGAUGUGGAAAUUAUUAUUUCAACCAAUUUUUUAGGCAUGCCAAUGAGAAGGUUUUCUCCAACUUUUCUCCCAAAUGGGAUUGGCGUCAUGAAAACAUUCUCUUUGUUCUCCCCUAUUACCACGUUUAUGGCUUUGGAAUGCUGUGGAUGUCCCUACUGAACGGCGGAACAGCCGUUGUAAUGCGGAAAUUUGUCCCCGAAUUACUGCUAAAGACGAUCCAAAACUACAGAAUACGAUUUGCCCCCUUAGUUCCGCCAAUUAUGGUGUUCAUCUGCGGCUCGAAAUUGGUUAAGAAAUACGAUCUGACUUCGCUGGAAUUCAUAUUGAGCGCUGCCGCGCCCGCGGGCAAAGAGUUGGUCCAGGAGCUAAAGAAGGCCCUACCGUCGCUGAAGCAGGUUGGACAAGGUGAGAAAUAACAAAAAUAUAGUGUGUAGGGGUUGUGGAAGCUAUUGGAGGCGUUUUUACAAAAUUGAUUGUUUUCGUGGUGGGACCCAACUAUGGGCCAUUUUUUGAUUUUGUGGCCAAGAUUUUGCUGAUAGCAUAAUUUAUCGACUGUUUCCAUGUACUUAACGGUGAAUAACAAAUUUUUUUGGUCAGAAUUGAUUGUUUUCGUUGCGAGACCCAGAAUUUGAAAAUAUCGUCUCAAAUUUUCCCCAAAAAUCAAAAAAAUUUGGUUUAAUAGGCAACAUCUCAAAGCCCUAAAUAAUCUAAUUUUUCCAACAUUCCAGCCUACGGACUCUCCGAAACCUCACUAGUCGCGCACUGUUCCAUCUUCGGAGAAGAUGUCCCCGGAUCAUCCGGAAAAUUAGUCCCAAACUUUGAGCAAAAGAUCAUCGAUCGAGAUUCGGAGAAGAUUGUGCCCUUGGGCGAAGUUGGCGAGAUCUGUGUUCGCUCGCCUACAAUUACCAUUGGGUAUUUGAAUCGUCCCGUGGAGACGGCCGAGACCAUCGACACUGAGGGUUGGCUGCAUACUGGCGAUCUGGGAUAUCUGGACAAGAAUGGGUAUACGUUUAUUGUGGACCGAGCCAAGGAUUUGAUCAAGGUCAAGGGGCUUCAAGUGGCUCCGGCGGAGCUGGAGGACAUUCUUUUGUCUCAUGAUAAAAUUAAAGUAAGCAGGGGAUUUUCAGACAUGGAAAGAAGGGGAGGGGGGAGGCUUGGCCGGGCCAUGGAGACUUCGAAAAGGGUCGAUCUAACUGUGAUCCUCACCAGGGCUAGACAUGGCUCACGGGUAGAGACUUAGAUCCCAUUUUGCGGGCCAUAGCAAGUCGGCCCUGGAUGAUCAGCUUCAAACUUUCUUCAACCCUGCCCGAUGGAAGUCCGGCCUGUCCCCGUUAGGCUAGCUUAUGUAUCUCAGUAAAAAAUUCCCGGUUAGGCUAGCUUAUGUAUCUAAGUCCGGCCUGUCCCGGUUAGGCUAGCUUAUGUAUCCCUUACAAAAGAUAGUAUUAGCUAGCUGGGCACAGCCAACCAUUUAUUUUGCAGGACUCUUUGUCUAAUGAGUUCUGGUCCUAGCCCUGUAGACAUGCCUGGUCAGGAGCUGGAGAGCCGUAAAAACAAACCCUGCCGUUCGUUUUAGCUAUGUCCCCCUUUUGUAUUACAGUCGAUAAAAUUUUAUUCUUACACUAUGCAAACUUCAGGACGCAGCUGUGGUUGGAAUUCCCCAUGCCAGAUUCGGCGAAGCCCCUAAAGCAUUCGUUGUAAAAACAGACUCCAUGCUCACGGCACAAGAAGUCGACGAGUUUGUGUCAGGUAUGUGAGAGGAGUAACUAUACGCUUUUAUCAUCUUAGUAUUGUACUUGCAUAUAAUCCACAAAAAUUUCAGCGAAAUGCGCGCCAUACAAACGACUGGUCGGUGGGAUUGAAUUUGUGAAAGAGAUCCCAAAAAGUGCCACCGGAAAGAUCCUACGACGACAAUUGAGAGACAGCCGAGCCAAACUGUAG